AGUAUUCCACUGUUUCCCCACAUCAGUACACAAAAGAUCCGAUUUCUAGUAACAGAUAACACCCGCGUUAUCAUCAGGUGGAUCAGUCUGACUGACAGAGAGAACCAGUUUCACAAAGAAUGUUCAAGUUUGUGUACAUUCCCUGAACAGUACUGUCCAAUGAGCAGUCACCUUUUACAGAACAACUCCCACUGACUGACCUAACCUGAAGAAGGCAGAGAACAUAUUUCUCAUAAACUAAUUUCCCAAGUCAUUGUAGCAGUACAUACAAUGUUUAAUAACAUAUUUUCAGUAGGUUAAUCCAAAUUGUAAAGGCUGAUGCACUGUGAGCUUGUGGAUUAACAACAUUAAGGACUCUGGAUUGUGCUAAUAAGAUGAAGUAGUCGUGAAAACAGCCACAACUGAAGGGCGACAACAACGUACUGGAUCAAUCUGACAAGGGGAAGUAAUACGUAGCAGUGAAAACAGCCAAAACUGUAGGACAACUACUUCUUCUGGAGGAAAUGGCUUCAAGAGCUUUCUCAGAAGAGGAUUUAUCCUGUCCUGUGUGCUGUGACAUCUUCAAGGAUCCCGUUCUUCUGGACUGCACACACAGUAUCUGUAAAUCCUGCCUGCAACAGUUGCAGAGAACCAACAACGCGAGAAAAUGUCCAAUCUGUAGAAGCAAGAACUCGCGGGACAAGUAUCCCCUCAACCUGGUUCUGAAGAACCUCUGUGAGACGUUCCAAAAGGAAAUAAGUCAGAGAGAACGGUCCUGUGGUCUGCAUCUUUCUGAAUUUACACAUUUCUGUAAAAAUGACAAUCAACUGGCGUGUUCAAGGUGUCAAGACACAAAACUCCAUAAAGACCACAACUUCAGUCCCAUCGAUGUAGCAGGACGUGAGCAUAAGGAAGAGCUGAAGAUCAGACUGCAGGCCUUACAGAAGAAGUUGCACACCUUGAAGCAAGCUGAAAGAUCCUAUGACGAAACUGCCCAACAUUUGAGUGUCCAAGCUCGGCACACAGAGUGGCAGAUCAAGGAUGAGUUUGAGAAACUUCAUCAGUUCUUACGAGAUGAAGAGGCAGCCAGGCUAGCUGCACUAAUGGAGGAAGCCAGGAGAAAGCGUGAGAUGAUGAAGGUGAAGAUUGAGAAGAUGAGCAGAGAGAUCUCGUCUCUCUCAGACAAAAUCAGAGAAAUAGAGGAGGAGAUGGGUGCUGAUGACAUCACAUUCCUGCAGGCCUACAAGAGCACAGUGGAAAGAGCCCAGUGCACACUGCAGGAUCCAGAGAGAGUUUCAGGAGCUCUGAUCGAUGUGGCGAAACACCUGAGCAACCUGAAGUUCAGAGUCUGGGAGAAGAUGCAGGACAUUGUUCAAUGCACUCCUGUGACUCUGGACCCCAACACUGCACACCCUCUCCUCACUCUCUCUGAGGACCUGGCCAGUGUGAGCGUCCGUGAGCACAGGCAGCAGCUUCCUGAUAACCCAGAGAGAUUUGAUAGUUGCCUCGGCGUCCUGGCCUCGGAGGCCUACAACUUGGGGAUCCACCGCUGGGACGUGGAGGUCGGGACCAGCGAGAUCUGGCUGCUGGGCGUGAAGGCCGAGUCUGGCCAGAGGAAGGGAGGGGGCUCCCUCAGCAGUAGGGUCUGGGGGGUGUUUCACGUGAACGGCGAAUACACAGCGGAGUGUCCAUCGCAGCCGGAGACGGUCCUCACAGUCCAGAAGAAGCCCCUGAGGGUCAGAGUGCGGCUGGAUUCGGACAAGGGACAGCUCUCAUUCUCUGACCUCGACAGUAACACACAUCUCCACACGUUCACAGACACCUUCACUGAGAGGGUGUUUCCCUGCUUCAUCACUCACAUGUCCUUCAGGAUCUUGCCAGUGAUGGACAGUUCCUUGUUGUAAUAGUCUUAUCUGAUUAGUGCUCAUUUAUGAGAAGGUUGGGUAUAGGAAAUGGAAGGAUUUUUUCUGCUUCACUUCUGUUUGAACUCACAUCUUUGUCAGAGCUGUUAAUUGCAUUUCUGUCACUGUAAUGAAUAAAUAAAAAGA